AUGUUAGAAGCAUAUAGAAGUAUAUCUUUGCCUUUAAAAAAACUGUUUUAUAGCACAAAUGUCAAAAUAAAACAUAACCAUAACAUAUCCUGGUCAGAUUUAGUUGCUAUACCCAAUUUAGGGAAAAAAAAGUCUCUAACUCUGUUCAAAAAGCUGAUUGCAGAGCCAAACACCUUUAAUAAUUACAUAGGAAAAGAUAUUUUGUACAGUCUAUUAGAGAAAACCAAUCCGAAAGCCAAAAAUCUAACUGAAUUACGUAGAUUAAUUAUUCAGGGGAAAAUAUCAGAUGAUAUUAUUUACAAUUGCAUAAAAAAUAAGCUGGUAAUUAAUAUUGCGUCACCUAAAUUGACUAAUACAAAUUCACAUGUGGUUUCUAACAAUAAACCUUCUUCAGAUAUAAAUAUUGAUUUGGAAGAUACAAAAAAAAAAUAUCCCGUUAUUAAUAAGGAUAUUAUUAGUGAAAAAAUAAUACCUGAAUUUAAAAUAGAAAAAUACCCUCAAUCAACACAGUCUAGUAAAGAACUCAAUAAAAAGGAUAUUGAUUUGGUAUCUUUAAAGGAAUAUUUAUCCAAUGCUAAAGCUAAAAAAGAAAUAUUAGGAUAUUUAGAUAAGAAACAAAAUACGAUAAAACAAAAAAUUAAACCGUUUCAAUGGUCAGAAAUUAUAUCAAGAGAUGCACCAAUUAUAAAAUCAUCCCAAAAUCUUUCUUUAUCUGAACUUUUCAUUCCCAAAUUUGCCAGUAGAUUUUUACUGAAAAAUAACAAAUUUUCUUGUACCAAUAAUGACUUCCAUAGAAGUAACAAAAUCGUUAACAAUCUAUCUAAUGAAAAUAUCCAACAGCUAAUGAUGUACGAUAUCAAUGAUAAAUCCGAGCAUAUCUUAAAUCCCCUUGAUAUUCAUACUCUACCGAUUGAAGUCAAAGAUUUAUUUAGUGUAAUUAACGGUAACUUUACAACCCAGCCUGAUCAGAUUUUAAAUAUUAUUGAAAAUUUUCAAAAUUCUGAUAAGACUUGGGUUUUGAUGGGAACAAUUUCCGGGGAUCCAAAUAAAAUUAUUUUUAAAAAAAUUUCUAAUGCAACAGAUGAGAAAGCAUUAAAAACUAAAAAUAACGAUACACAAAGUUUAUUUUUAUUACGGAUCCCUAUUUUGGUAAUAUUUUUAGGCCUAGCUUACUAUUUUGUUAGAAAAUUAACAACAGAGGAAAUAUCAAGGCAUAAAGGUAGAAAUAAUGAUGAAAAGCAAGAGUAA